ACGACAUACGUAACCUGUAUUGGAUCGGAAAAUCAUUGUGCGCUGAUUGUAUCAUAGUUUGAACAUGAAUAACUCAGCAAGAAAGACAAAAUUAAAGAAAUUGCUGACUCUUGCAGCUUUUGCUGUGGUUGCGGAACAACAAGAAGAGCAAGAAAUACAACGGAGAAUACGACAAUUACAAAACCGACAACGGAGAUGGUGGACAAGAGAGUGGAUUGUACGAAGAGAGUUUGAAUUAAGAGGAUCUGUUCACUUAGCACUCAAUGAACUUAUCAACGAAGAUAUAGAAUCUUUUUGUAGAUUCUUUAGAAUGGAUCUUCAAUUAUUCAACAAUCUGUUGGAUAAAGUAUCUCCAUAUAUUCAAAAACAAGAUACAGUUAUGCGAAAGUGCAUUCCACCAAUUCAAAGACUAUCCUUGACUCUAAGAUUCUUAGCUACUGGGGAAUCUUUUCGCAGCAUGGAAUUCGCAACAAGAGUACCAGCUUGUACUUUAUCACGUAUCAUUCCUGAGACAGUUAGAGUCAUCUAUGAAGUACUAAAAGAUGAAUAUUUAAGGACUCCAGAUACCGAAGAAGAAUGGAAUCAUGUUGCUGAUAAUUAUUUGAGACAAUGGAAUGUGCCAAACUGCAUCGGUGCAAUGGAUGGCAAGCAUAUUGAGUUUAAAGUUCCUCUCAGUCAAGGAUCAUUGUAUUAUAAUUAUAAGGAUAACGGUGUUGCGGUACGUGAUUGUGUUGAAGUGCGACUCAUUGAAGGGGACGACUGA